AUGCAUAACCUGAAUGCUCUUAAUGCAGCCUUGAAUGUCGUCAAAAACCAACUGGUUGUUGUCUGUAAUGAGCUAAACACAAUACCCGGGGUAGAUGCCGUCGCCCUGGCCAAACUUGUGAAUUGUAAAGACGGAAUAAUUGCCGGUAUUGAUGAAGCAUAUGGAAAGCUCACGUCCCAGGAAAUGGAUUCGUCGUCCAGAGGAAAAAGAGGGGGCGCUUCACUCGAGGCCCAAAGAUUGGAUUACCUAGGCCAAUUGGAAAUCAUAAAGCAGAUAAUGAACAAUGAUAUUAGCAAUUACUUGAAGAGUGCUGCCGAUAUGGUUGGAGAAGGUCAUUGGGACCUUGAGCAAUAUUUGGUGGAAUUCGGCGUAAAAAAUGAGUCGUAA